AUUCUAACGAUAAGAAAGUGAGGUUAUACUUCCGUGUUAGCGUAAAACAGAUGAUUCAAUGUAUACGUAGAAUCACGUGGCCUAUACAUGUGUAGUAUGAAUAAAGCAUUAUCUCUAUUACUCAUGGUUAAAAACCAGUCAGUAUAUCGUUUGAAACUGUGUCUUUAAUAUUGUACUCAUUGUGAGGUUAUUUUUCUCUUAAUAAUUAUUAAACGUGUAACCUUUUUUUUUUUAUAAAGAACAAAUAUAAAGUCAUGAAAAUUGUGAUAUUAGCUCAAUAGCAGCAAGUGAAGUGGAAAUGUAAAAAAAGAUCAUUAAUUAUAUACGAUAUAAAAUGACGGACAGUUCAACAACAACAAUAACUGAUAUUAAUAUUGGAAUAAACGACAGCAUAAGUGAUGUGGAUCAAAUUGAUAUCUGUCAUAGUGACGAUAACGAGGAAAGAUUAUUAAAACCACGAAAUAAUUUUCCUUCAUACUCAAAACGAGAUAUUAGUGUUAGAUUUCGAAAUAUCCUACACAAUGUUAUUCCUUCGUCCAAUCUUAUGGAAAGUCUUAUUAAUCGACAAACAAGAAAGAUUUAUACUGGAGAUAUAAAACCAGGAGCUACUAAUUUUCUUUCAACUAAUUAUGAAAGUUUGGAUUAUGAUCCUUGUGAAAACUACCUUCUUCAGGACGAGGAAAGGAAGAAGGGUUACAAAUUUGUCGUUAAAAAGAAUUUUGCAAGAUGGUUCAUCUUUUUGUUAAUUGGAAUUUGUACUGCCUUUAUAGCAUGUUUUGUAGAUAUUUCAAUAGAACAAUUAUCAAAUAUAAAAUAUGGAUAUUUAAAAACUUAUGUUGAUCAUUGUGUAGUUAAUAAUUGCUUAUGGCUACCAUAUUUAUUAUGGUUAACAUCUAAUUUAAUACCAGUAUUGAUAGGCGCUGUUUUAGUGUCCUACGUUGAACCUGUUGCAGCUGGUAGUGGCAUUCCACAAGUUAAAUGUUAUUUAAAUGGGAUUAAAGUGCCUCGAGUAGUACGAAUUAAAACAUUAGCAGUUAAAACGAUUGGUGUCAUUUGCACCGUAGUUGGUGGAUUAGCUGGAGGAAAAGAAGGGCCAAUGAUACACUCAGGAGCGAUAGUUGCUGCUGGAAUAUCUCAAGGGAAAAGUACAACAUUUAAAAAAGAUUUAGGAAUCUUCAAAUAUUUCAGAGAAGAUCACGAAAAAAGAGAUUUUGUAUCUGGUGGAGCAGCCAGUGGUGUAUCGGCUGCUUUUGGUGCACCAAUAGGUGGAGUUUUGUUUAGUAUCGAAGAAGGUACUAGCUUCUUUAAUCAAAGUCUAACAUGGAGAACAUUUUUUGCUAGCAUGAUAACCACUUUCACGCUGAACAUUAUUCUUAGUACUUACCAUGGACAUCCUGGUGAUCUUUCUUAUCCAGGUUUAUUAAAUCUAGGAAAAUUUGAAUCCAUACCGUACCAAAUUUAUGAAAUUCCAUUAUUCGUGGUAGUUGGAAUAAUUGGUGGUGUUCUCGGUGCUUUGUGGAAUCAUAUUAAUUACAAAAUUACAUGUUUUCGGUUAAAAUAUAUAACACAAAAAUGGUUAAAAGUAAUAGAAGCUCUUGCAGUAGCAAUAAUGAGCGCAACGAUGGGAUUUUUGAUGAUAUAUUUUUUGGAUGAUUGUAAACCCAUUGGACAAGAUCCUACAAAGUUUCCUAUUCAGAUGUAUUGUAAGGAAGGAGAAUACAGUGCAGUUGCUGCAUUAUGGUUUCAAACACCAGAAAGUAGUGUAAGAUCUUUAUUUCAUGACCCUAAAGGCUCCCAUAACGAUAUUACCUUGGCUGUUUUUAUUAUUCUUUAUUUUAUCCUAGCUGUUUUUACAUUUGGAUUAUCUAUGUCCAGUGGACUUUUUAUUCCAUCACUUUUAAUUGGUUCUGCCUGGGGUAGACUUAUUGGAUCAGCAUUAGCCAAAAUAUUUCCAAAUUCCGUGUUAUUAGAUCCUGGAAAAUAUGCUUUGCUAGGUGCUGCUGCACAAUUAGGUGGAACCGUUAGAAUGACAAUCAGUUUAACUGCAAUUUUAAUUGAAGCAACUCAAGGGAUAUCUUUUGGUUUGCCCGUGAUAAUAGUUCUUAUUUUGGCAAAAUGGGUCGGUGAUUUCUUUAACGAGGGCAUUUAUGACAUUCAUAUACAAAUGGCAGGGAUACCAUUACUACCUUGGGAAGCACCACCAUUGUCAAAUAAUAUAUAUGCUAGUGAGAUCAUGAAUCAUCCUGUAACAACUUUCAAAACUGUUGAAAAUGUCGGACAUAUUUUAGAACUUUUAAAAUGUGUUACGUACAAUGGAUUUCCUGUGGUAGAUCCUCCAAGUAGUGAUCAGCCCUAUAUAGAAACUUAUGGUCGAUUUCGUGGACUAGUUUUACGUUCUCAAUUAAUAGCACUUUUACAAAACAAAAUAUUUAAUGAAUACUCAGAAACAUGGGAAUCAUCUAUGAAUAUCACACUUUUUCGUCAAGAUUAUCCACGAUAUCCAGCUAUCCAAGAUGUACAAAUAACAGAAGAAGAAAAAACAUAUACAAUUGAUUUAAGACCAUUCAUGAAUCCUUCUCCAUAUGCAGUCAUACAUUCUUCUUCAUUGCCACGUAUUUUUAGACUGUUUAGAGCUUUAGGACUCCGCCAUUUACCUGUUUUAAAUGACGUGAAUGAGGUAAUUGGGAUGAUCACUCGAAAAGAUAUUGCCAAAUAUAGAAUAUGGGAACAUAGAGGAAAAAUGGGAUUAGAUGAACUUUUAAUUUAUGACAAAAUUUAAUUA